AUGUCUUUUCUCUCCCCAGCAGACCCGCCCGUGGCCGCAGCUGUGGUGUCCCAUUUUAAUGACUGCCCAGCUUCCCACAGUCAGUUCUGCUUCCAUGGAACCUGCAGGUUUUUGGUGCAGGAGGACAAGCCAGCAUGUGUCUGCCACUCUGGGUACGUCGGUGCACGCUGUGAACACGCGGACCUCCUGGCCGUGGUGGCCGCCAGCCAGAAGAAGCAGGCCAUUACCGCCUUGGUGGUGGUCUCCAUCGUGGCCCUGACCAUCCUCAUCAUCACGUGUGUGCUGAUACACUGCUGCCAGGUCCGAAAACACUGUGAAUGGUGCCGGGCCCUCAUCUGCCGGCACGAGAAGCCCAGUGCCCUCCUGAAGGGAAGGACUGCUUGCUGCCACUCAGAAACAGUGGUCUGAAGAGCCCAGAG